AUGAUCAUCCCCAUCCGCUGCUUCAGUUGCGGAAAGGUAGUAGGCGACCUCUGGGAGUCCUACCUCGAGAAGCUGGACUCUGGCAUGACCGAUGUGGACGCCAUCGACGCUCUCGAGCUCCGCCGCUACUGCUGCCGCCGCAUGAUCCUCACCCACGUGGAUCUGAUCGAGAAACUGCUCAAGUACGUGAACUUCGGCGACCAACAGAAGUGGCGCCGCACAUUCUUCGAGAAGCAAUGA